AUGGCCGCUGAUACAUCAAUAUCAUCGGAGAGUCGACGCAGCUCUAUCGCCAAAUCGCACUCUGAUACACAAAUGUUCCAACCACCACCAAAACCCGAGAAUUCAAGAGGACUAUUUAUUGAGGAGAUCUCUUCUCCGGAGAUCGGAACUGGAGACAAGAUGUGGCUAUUGCUGGGCAGUCGAUUGACAGACGAACAUCCAGAGAUUGGCCUCAAAUUUCGAGAAGAAGAGAAAAAUGUGGAGAGAAUUCUGCAAAAAGAUAAGUUAUUAAUUUUCACGGUUCCCCAAUUCUCGCAAGGAAUCUUUGGAGAGGGAUCAUUGAAGUUGAAAACACAAGAGACUUCAGUCACGAUUCCGAUUAUAUUAAAGGAGAGGCCAAUCGUUGACAAAGAGGAAACUCGUGCGAGUACCUCGAUCGAAUCCGUUUCACAUUUGUUCGCUUUUGCUGAAAAUGGAGAUUCCCAAGAAUUGACGCGACCAUUCGCCCCUCAUUUCUCUCGAGCCGACAAUGAAGGAAAUACUGUUCUCCAUGUGGCGGCUCGAAAUCAGCAAUCUUUCGCGAUGAGAACAUUUUUAUUGUCUUGCGAUCAACUGGAUCAAGAGGAAAAGAAAGUUUUGUUAAACAAGCGCAAUGGACGAGGACAAACGGCUCUCCAUUGUGCCAUACGAGCCGGCGACACUGACUCUGUUCAUUACCUUCUUCAUGCUGGAGCCUCUAUCGAAAUACCCGAUAAUCAUCAAAAUUCAGCUUUUCAUUAUCUCGGUGAUACGUACAGCGAUGCGAUAUUCAAAGAAAUUCUCGAGACAGGAUCCGCAAUGAUUGAAGAGUUGGAGAAAAAGAAUCAACAAGGCCAAACACCGCUCAUUGUGGCUGUGUCAAGACUGAAACUCUCAUUGGUUGAAAUGCUGUUAGAGUGCGGUAUUUCUGUUGAUGGAAGCGAUUCACAAGAAAGGACAGCUCUCAUGCAUGCGAUUACAAUGAAUGAUCCCGAUAUUGUCUUCUUUUUGCUACAAAAAGGAGCUGAUGCUAAUCACGAAGAUAUUGAAGGAGAAACACCGCUACUUUUAGCUAAACAGAUUAGCAACUAUUAUGUGAUGGGUGCUCUACUUGACGCUGGUGCGGAUCCAUUCCGAAAAAACGCUAAAGGGAUCAGUCUAUCCGAUAUUGAUGAUCAAACGAUUCAAGGAGUGAUCGGAGGGCAAAGAAUAUCACCUGAAUUGAAAACAAUUGGUGCAAAUCAUUCAUCGCUUUUUGGAAGAAGUUCCACAAAACAUGUGGAAGGAGGCGACGAAACGGAUGAUGAAGAUUCAGUUGGAGAAGAGAUACCCAUUCAUAUCGAUCAGAGUCCACAAACGAGCAGACGAUCGACAGGCCGACCAAUCCAGGUCCCGAUGAGUUCAUCUCUCGAAGAUGGAGGCAUUGCUAUUUCUCCCGAACAGGGUCCUUCAUCUUCAACUGCUAGACGUCGACCCCGAAAAAGUCGUUUUGAGACAAGCACAUUUGUUAAAGAUGAUAUCAGUUCACUGGAUUAUCUCACUCGGCUCCGACUCUCGAAGAUUUUGGACACAAACGCGAAAUGGCAAGAUUUAGCCAUGGAACUCGAGUGUGCCCAUAUGACGGAGUUGAUUCAAAUUUGCGCCGACGAACACUCGAGUCCGACCAUGAUUUUCCUUGAUCAAUAUGAGAUGAUUCCCGGCUCAAAAGUUUCCCUUCUUCGCGAGGCUUUCUCGCAUCUGGGAUUAAAGGAAUGCGUUUCGCUAAUCGAUACGCGUGUCACUUAU